GUGCGUCUCGCCAACGUGAGGUGCCCAGAUUCGGGGGAAGGCAUUCCAGGGCGUAUCUUCGGCCCGGUGAGGUUCUGAUCCUCAUCAGUUUCUCCUAACCUCUGAAAGAAGCCAUGGGAACUCGUCAUAUCCAAAAUUUAUUGUUCAUCUUUUUCCUAGGAGCCUCCUCCUUGACCUUGGCCCAACAUUUGUAUUGUCAAAAGGGUAUAACCACAAGUGUAGAGGAAGAGCCAUGGAAUACAUUUAACUGGACCACGGGGAAAGUUGACACUUGUGACGAUGGGGGACUUUGCCAGGAAAGUGUACUAAUGAUUAAAGCAGGAGCCAAGACAGCUCUUUUGGCCACUAAGAGCUGCAUCACCCAAGGAGUGCAGGAAAUGAUAUUUGUUCAGCACACUCCUUCCCCGGGCCUGGUUGCAAUCUCCUACAGUAACUACUGUGAGGAUUCCUUUUGCAAUAACAAAACAGAUUUAUCUCAGUAUUGGCAUCUGCAAGAGACUUCAGUUCCCAGCAUGCCAGCAGCCCUCCUUUGCCCAACCUGUGUGGCUUUGGGGACCUGUUUCAAUGCUCCUGCUUUGCCCUGCCCCAAUAGUACAACUCGAUGUUACCAUGGAAAACUUGAGAUAGUUGGAGGAGGCAUCGAAUUAUCUGUGGAGGUCAAAGGCUGCACAGCCUUGAUUGGUUGCAAGCUGAUGGGUGGAAUCUUAACAGUAGGACCCAUGAUGGUGAAGGAAACAUGUCCACAUCAGUCUCUCGCUCAACCCCGAAAGGCUGAUAAUGGGGCCCCCUGGCUUUCCAUUUCAGUUUGGGGGUUAGAGUUACUGCUACCAUUGUUGCUGCAAUCCCUUGUUUGUUUUUCCUGAGAAGGUGCUUCUGGUCUUGGGUCUCAGGACACCUUUUUUGACUGGGAGCCCUCUGGCUGCCUGUUAUCAACAAGUUGAGGAGAAGGUAGAGAUUUGAGGGAGAAUUGAAAGAGCUGCUAUGGCUGAACCUGCCAUUUCUAAUAAAA